AUGCUUUUGAGUAGAAAAUUUCGGAUCAAUCACAACCAUGGCAGCAACACUCACCAAUCCAUGAUUCAGAAAGUUAUUGCUGUGCUCGGCCAUUUAUACUUUGGAAUUUCAUUUAACAUACAACUCAUGAAAGAUUCUUCUGGUUAUGUUGGUAUCCUUCUAAUGAUCUGUUAUGAUAUCUGCAUCUUUUCCCAUCUGGUCAUCUCCAUCAACCGGAUGUCAGCCAUCUAUUUCCCAAUAAAGUAUUAUAUUCACUUCAGGUAUCAAUCGGCCCUAGCGAGUCAGAGUCGAUUGAAAUAUGAAAUUCAAUCGUUCCAGGAAUGUGGAUGGUUGCGAUAUUUUGAUUUUAGCCAGGACGUAACCAUAGUGACCCUAAUUGCUAUCAUUGACACAACGUCAAUUAUCAAGUACAGGCUCACUUCCAUACAGGUAAAAAUAUUGAGGUUGCUUAUGUGUUUUUGCAAUACAUCUGAAUGCUUUACUGUUGCUCAAGGUGUUGUAUUCGCAGUCGAGCUCAGCACGUACUUCUUUUUUGGCUGGCUAUUCCAGAAUAAAUGGGCAGUUUGGUCACUGACGACAUUGGCGUGGAAUGUUGUACACCUCAGCGAUGCCAUAAUAAUCAUCACGCUUAACAAGGAAUUUCGACGAUUUCUGUGCACAAUUUUGCCGUGGAAUUCAUGUAAGCGGAAGAGAUCAAACUUGAGAGGUUUUAUCUUUCAAUGUCACUGUCGGAUAAGUUCAAGAAAUAAUACGAAUGAACGGGGACACAAAGCAAAAAGAAUGAGUUAA